CGGUGAGGAUCUCCGUCAGGACGCACCGGAGGAGCGGAGCCGCGCGGAGCAGCAACAUGGCUGCAGAUUACUGGGAGCCAGACAGAUCCCACACACGGUCAGACUGAACCGAGCCAAACACGACCCGGGACGGACCGGGACAAACCCUCCCGGUGUGCUGUCCAGCCUGGCUGCUCCGCCCCCCUCAGCAUCACGGCCUCCCCUGCCCCCCCUCAUGGAGAGGAUGAGGAAGAUCAAACGGCAGCUGUCACUCACACUGGGGAGGGGAGGGGCCGGGGGAGGGGACAGAACACUCAGCGAGACCAUCAGCCAGGAAGUGACAUCACACAGUGACUCAGAGGUGGGCUCUAUGCGGGGGUCAUCAGGUGGAGGUGUAAAGGUCAGAGGAGGAGCAGUGAAGACUGGAGCCUCCUCCUCCUCUGUUCAGGCCCUCCUGCAGUCGUACAGCAGCUCCCUGAGGAGGCCCCGAGGGCUGGGCCGCAGCCUGAGCUCCUACCUGAACCACACCACCAGACUGGAGAUCGUCCAUGAGGAUGUGAAGAUGAGCUCAGAUGGAGAAAGUGAUCCUGCUUCUUCAUCAGACGAUGUUCAGAGUCCAGUCAGAGUCCGACUGAGGAACAAGAAGAUUUCUACUGAGGACAUUAAUAAACGCCUGUCGCUGCCCGCUGACAUCCGUCUUCCUGACGGUUACCUGGAGAAGUUUAAUAUGAUUGGUCCAGCUCUGUUCGACCAGCCAAUCAGCAGGCGGCUGCGCAGAGUGUCUCUGUCAGAGAUCGGCUUUGGAAAACUGGAGACAUACAUCAAACUGGACAAACUGGGAGAGGGGACCUAUGCUACAGUGUAUAAAGGUCGCAGUAAACUGACCGAUAACCUUGUGGCUUUGAAGGAAAUCCGUCUGGAACACGAGGAAGGAGCUCCAUGUACUGCAAUCAGAGAAGUGUCUCUGCUGAAGGACCUGAAACACGCCAACAUCGUCACGCUCCAUGACAUCAUCCACACGCAGAAAUCCCUCACACUGGUGUUCGAGUAUCUGGACAAAGAUCUGAAGCAAUAUCUGGACGACUGUGGAAACACCAUCCACGUUCACAACGUCAAACUCUUCCUUUUUCAGUUGCUGCGUGGUUUGUCGUACUGCCAUCGCAGAAAGGUUCUGCACCGAGACCUAAAACCCCAAAACCUGCUGAUCAACGAGCGUGGAGAACUCAAACUGGCAGACUUCGGUCUGGCUCGAGCCAAGUCAAUCCCCACGAAAACGUACUCCAACGAGGUGGUGACGCUGUGGUACCGACCUCCGGACAUCCUGCUGGGCAGCACCGACUACUCCACCCACAUAGACAUGUGGGGUGUGGGCUGUAUUUUCUAUGAGAUGGCCACAGGUCGUCCUCUGUUUCCUGGUUCCACGGUGGAGGAGGAGCUUCACUUCAUCUUCAAACUGCUGGGUACGCCCACAGAGCAGAGCUGGCCUGGGAUCAGCACUAAUGAGGAGUUUGUGGCCUACAACUAUCCUCAGUACAGAGCUGAGAGACUGGGCAACCACACCCCGAGACUCAGCACUGAAGGAGUGGAGCUGCUGUCAAAGUUCCUGCAGUUUGAGGGGAAGAAGCGGAUCUCAGCCGACGCCUCCAUGAACCAUCCCUACUUCAGUAUCCUUGGAAACAAAGUGCUGACGCUUCCUGACACGACUUCGAUUUUCAGUUUGCCAGAAAUUCAGCUGGAAAAAGAAACAAUACGACCGCCAGCAGCGCCGCCGGAUCCAGUCAACAGUCCGUCCAGGAGGCGGAGCAUGCUCUUCUGAAGUCAUGGAGGCGGGGCUUCCCGAGGAGAGGACAAACAAAGGAGAGGAGGAGUCAAAAACAGCGACAUUUUUGGUUUUUUUGUCAAGAAAAUGUGUUUUCUUUUUACAACAAAAAGGGCGUUCGUCUGUUUGGGUCUCGCUGAACCUUUGGAUGCAAUAAUGAAUCAGCAGCCAUCUGACCAAUGGGAGAACAGCGUGUCGUUACUAUCGGCAACGGACGUUUCCAGUGAACUUGACGUCAGCGUGUGAACGACGGACAGAUGAAUGAAUGAGUGAAUGAGUGACGAGGGCAGAUGUCUUCCAUUUUCACCAAUGCAACGAUCGAGUUUUGGGGUUUUUUUAGAGACCGAGUCCUGGAAAACUGGAAUCCUGCCAGCUUUGUUGUCAUGGAAACGCCCGGACACGGUCGCAUCGCCCGGCCACUACCAACACAGAGCGAGCAGCGAGAGCCGUAACGCAGAAGAACUCCUCAGUUUUUAGAUACUGACGGUGAAGUUUCCACUCAGAUGAAAAGGACGAGGUUCUAAAGCCGGAACCGUGGACAGGAAGUGGACGCCGCCGCCGCCGCCGGCUGUGAGCGUCUGUUACAGAUCAGUGUUGAUGGGAAACAGGAGAAGCCAUGUUUGUCCAACCUUCGACUGUUUAUUCUGAACCAGUGAGUCUGGUUUCUGCUGUUCUGCAUGUCUGUGUUGUACAGUAACACUGGCUUCAUGUCGUUAACCUCAUUUUAUAAUGA